AUUACAAAACCCUUCGUCUUCCUUAAACCCUACGUUCAUUAGACUUGACUCGUAUUUUCUUUCAUUCACAGACGGCGAUGGCGGAUUCUUCAAGCAACUCCAAGGAUAAGAACAACACGCGCCUCUACCAUCCCUACAAGGACCUCAACGUUCCAAUCCAAAAACUCUAUAACCUCCCCACCGCGCCGGAGCACCUCUUCUCGGAAGAAGCCGCCAGGACCCACCGAUCCUGGGGCGACAACCUCCAGUAUUACACCGGCACCGCCUACCUCUCCGGUGCAAUCAUCGGCGCCACCAGAGGCACCGUCCAGGGCCUCCGAGAGGCCGAGUCCGGCGACUCCCUCAAAAUCCGUCUCAACCGAGUGCUCAACUCAGGCGGCCACGCGGGUCGCAAACUCGGCAACUCGCUCGGCGUCCUGGGUCUCAUCUUCGCCGGCCUCGAGAGUGGGAUGAUCCACGCCAGGGGCACCGAUGACUUAGUCAACAGCGCCGUCGCCGGACUCGGCACCGGAGCGCUCUACAGGGCUGCGGCCGGACCUCGAUCAGCCGCCAUAGCCGGUGCCAUCGGAGGGAUCGCCGCGGCGGCGGCGGUUGGAGGAAAGCAGGCUUUGAAGAGAUACAUACCGAUCUAGCGAAGGAGUAGGUAAAGAGAGUAGAAUGGGGAUGGUAGCACAAAUUACACUAAUACUUUUAAGUUAUUUCUCUCUUUAUUACAUUUUUUUUUAGCACAGUACAGUGUUUAUUGCCAUUAGCUUGCAAUUUGUAAACUCUCCCCAUGUGUAUUUACUUACAGCACAAUUGUUACAGAAAUUGUGCUAAUUGUUAAACAACCCAUGUGAUGAAAAUUGACUCAA